AUGAAGUACGCCUCUACCAUUCUCCUUGCUGCCUUCGCUGCCACCAACGUCUUCGGCCAUGGUGUCGUCGACGGUGUCCAGGGUGCCAACGGCGUCAACCUGCCCGGUCUUUCUUUGAUUGAUGGCACUCCUCGUGACUGCGCCUCCCCUCGCUGCGGCUCUGAGGCCGAUACUGCCAUCAUGCGCGACCGUGAGAUGGGCACCGCCAGAGCCUCCGCCCUUGGCCGCACACAGGGCGGCGGCCCUGUCGAUGCCGCUUCCAUGGUUCAGAUGUUCAUGGACGGCGCCGGUGGCAACACCACUGCUGUCAAGCAGGCCCGCGAGAUCCACGAAGCCAGCAUGGCGCGCCGCAGUCUUGUCUCUCGCCAGUCCGGCAAGGGCACCAAGACCCCCAAGGGCACCGCCGAGACCUCCGUCAAGGCCGCCACUGGUAUGGCUGCCUCCGCUGGCAUGCCCACCACCUCCGACGACGGCACCCUCAAGAUGACCUACCACCAGGUCAACCAGGACGGCGCUGGCCCUCUCACUGCUGAGGUCGACGGCACCUCUGGCGGUACUGACACUUCUGCCUUCAAGAAGGCCGAGGUCACCCAGAACGUCCCCGGCAUUGGUAUCGGUGGUCUCUCUGGUGCCUCCACCAUGGACUUCCCCGUCGCCAUCAAGAUGCCCGCUGGCAUGACCUGUGACGCCAACGUCGGCGGUGCCAGCAACGUCUGCGUUGCUCGCCUGCGCAACGCUGCCCUGGCUGGCCCCUUUGGCGGCUCGGUCGCCUUCACUCAGUCCGCCACUGCCCGCAAGCGCGCCGUCGAGUUCAACCUCCGCAAGCGCAACGCCGCUCGCUCUUUCCAGGCCUAA